UCAGUCCUUACGCAGCUAGUCAGUUGGAGGCAGGACACGAUGGAGGGAGGAAGAAGUGUUAGUGCGGCCUACGUGGGCCAUCAUAAAGUGGCCGCCAUGGCCAUGGCCAGUGGUGGUGGUGGUGUAGGGCCAGGAGUGCGUAGUGUUGAAUCUUUACUUGAUAUAUGUGCCAAAAUUGUGGCUGAACAUAUCCCGUUCCAGCGUAUAGAGGAGCGGUACAGCCGUAUCCCUGAGCCUGUACAGCGGCGUAUCAUCUACUGGUCGUUCCCGAGGCAUGAGGCCGAUAUCAGGAUGUAUUCGUGUUUCUCUUCCCUUGGAUCAGACCAUCACAACCUUCCCUUCUACAGGGGACUGCGCCUCGUCGAGUCUGGCAUGGUCGAAAAUGUCCUACAAGUUGGUUUCCACCUCUCUGGGACGGUGGUGGGCAGCAGAAGUUGCGUCAGUUCGGUGACUGCCACCGCGCCUGUGCCUGCCACCACUGCUAUUGACAACACCACCAACACCUCCACUGCCACCACCAACACCACCACCACUACCACCACCACGACCACAGCCACAGCCACAUCCACAGCUCCUAUGAAGUGCCAAGUCUCCAUAUCUUUCGACAGAUGCAAAAUCACGUCAGUAACAUGUUCGUGCGACACGAGAGACAUCUUUUGGUGUCCCCAUGUGGUCGCUCUCUCCUUACACCGCAUCAGACAUGCAGAUGCCGUCCAACUCAGGAUACCCAUCUCUGAGACGCUGCUACAAAUGGACAGGCAGCAGUUACAGAAGAUGGUACAGUAUCUUAUAAGCGAACACCACACCGAAGUCCUGCCCACAGCUCAGAAGUUAGCUGAUCAAAUAUUACAGCACACGCAUCCUAUAAAUCAUAUUCAAGGAGCCCCAGAUCCGACGGCGGGAGGGAGUGCGGAGGAGGAGCACUGCUGGCAUCUUGAUGCAGAACAGGUCAAGGAACAAGUGGGUCAGUACUUGACCCAAGGUGGAUACUACAAUGCUAACAAACAACUUUAUUUCAUGUUUACUAAGGUUCGGGAAAUGGUGAGAGCGCGAGACAGUAAUGGUGCUAAAAUGCUAACCAUGAUCACCGAACAGUUCCUUAACGACCCAAGGCUUUUGCUCUGGAAGUCACAGGGCACUCCUAUGACAGACAAAUGCAGACAGCACUGGGACCACAUAGCUGCUCUUUGGGUGUGUGUCGUGUUGGCACCCCAUAGCAGCUCUUACGAAAAGCAGCAAAGACAGAGGACCUUAGAACAAUGGGCGCAUACUGAUGUUUGUCCGUUGGAAGAUCCCGAUCACAGACAUCAAGACACCAAUGAAAGGAAUCGCUCUGCUGCCUAUUAUCUCAGUUCUGAUGAUGAAUCGAGUGACGAAGAUAAUGAGCUCAGACGUCGAGAUCCCAACAACAGAGAACAUAAUCACCGUCAUCACCACGUCCAAAGAGAAAAUAGAGAGAACAGAGAAAGAGAUAGAAGAUCGUCACACAGAAGACACAAGAGGCGGAGGAUUUCAGCGCCACCACGAACGAUAUUUCACAGAGCGAUAGAUGCCUGUAAUAUGUCGUGGGAUGACCAUCACCUUAGAACUAUUCUGGCGGGCGAAACCCCAGUUCUGAGGAGUACCCAGCACCAACACCCUUCUUCUUAUUAUAAUGAACAAGGGCAACCACUUUGGCAUGAACCAGUCCCAAUUGCUUGCUCACGAGUAGAUGCUUUAAGGUCUCAUGGUUACAACAGUGAAGCGUUAAGGCUGGCAGUGGCCGUGGUACGAACGUUAAAACAAGCACAAAGAGAAGCAUAUCUCUGGUGGGGAAGUAAAAGAGAUGAAAUGCUCCCAAGAUGUUCUCCCUCUAGAGCUUGUAGGUCAUUAGGUCCAGGAGCAUUAGAAGGUUGGGUUGGUCAUCCAUUAGAUCCCAUUACAUGCCUUUUUGAUACACUAGCUGAAGCAUCACUAUUACCAGAAGAUCUUCCAAGGUUUCAGUAUCAUAGUGAUGUACUUUUUACAGACUGGCUUGGUGUAGCUAAUGAGGAUGCAACCAACCUAGCGCCACUCAGGUAUCGCCAUGUUCCCAUCCCAGGCUCUAAUGACCCUUGGGAGUCAUAUCUAACUCUUGCCUUGGAAGCAGCUCUUAUAGGUUUAGGGCAGCAACGAGCCAUGCCCCCAGGGUUGUAUGCUCAGGAAAAAGCCUGCAAACAAGAAGAAAAAAUGAUACUAAAAUUACAAGAGCUCACCCUUGAUUCUCCUCUUCUAGCAGUGCUGAGGCGACAAGCCCGGUUACUGCUUGAAGGUGGGCCAUUCUCAGGGCUUGGGGAGGGCAUCCAUCCAGAAAGUGUUCCCAUGCAUACCUUUACAAAGUUCCUAUUCACAGCUUUGUUACCUCAUGAUCCUGAUUUGGGGUACCAGCUGGCUUUAAGGGCGAUCAGAUUACCAAUCCUCGAAGACCAUGACGAUGUAGACGACCCUGCAAAUGGCAACGUUUCUUCAUUGGUGCUCUCUCGGUACCCACGAUGGUUUACUUUAGGCCACAUCGAAACCCAGCAGUGUGCCCUUGCCUGUACCAUGAUCAAUGCUGCCAAGAAUGAUGUAAUGCGCCUAAGGUCUGUCUUGGAUGCAGCCCUAAGAAACAUUCAUAGUUCAUCACAUCUGUUUAAAUUGGCUCAAGAUGCAUUCCGGCUUGGUCUUCCAGGAGAAGGCCAGAGAAACUCGCUCCUGCUCAAUGCUGCAUUAGAAUUAGGUUUACAGGUAAUGCGUAUGACGCUAACAUCCUUGAACUGGAGAAGGCGAGAGAUGGUACGCUGGUUAGUAACCUGUGCCACAGAAGUUGGUGUGUCUGCACUAAUAUCUAUAAUGCAGAAUUGGUUUUCUCUGUUUACACCCACUGAGGCUACAGGAGCAGUCGCAUCCACAAUUAUGAGUCAUACUACUGUCAUGAGACUUCAACUAGAUCGGGCUAAGCAAGAUGAACUUGCUGCAUUUGCUCGUUCCUUAGCCUUACAGUGUGCAACUAAGGAUCCUCCUAACUGUGCACUUAAUGCACUUACCCUGUGUGAGAGUGACCCAGUUUCCUUUGAAACGGCCUAUCAAGUGGUUGUUGAUGCUGCUGCUCACACCAUGACCUCUUCACAGCUAUUCACAAUUGCACGUUACAUGGAACAUCGAGGAUAUCCCCACCGUGCUUACACUCUUGCAAUGUUAGCAAUGCAAAGUGUGCAUUUAGCAUAUAAUCAAGAUACUCAUCCUGCUAUUAAUGAUAUACACUGGGCUGUUGCACUUGCACAUUCUUUAGGUCGUACUGAAUUAUCUCAACUCCUUCCUGUAUUCAUCAAAAAUGUGCAAUGUGCCACGGUUUUAUCGGAUGUCCUGAGGCGUUGUUCUUUAUCUGCACCUGGAAUGGCCUGUCCUGACUCUAAGCGUCGUCCCAUCAAGCCCCUCGCUUUUGAUAAACAGCCUUUGAGAGGCCUCUUGGAAGCUACUAUCUUAGCAUACAUCAACACCACAAACUCACGGCUUACUCAUAUAUCUCCAAGACAUUAUCAAGAUUUCAUUGACUUUUUAACAAAAGCUCAUGAAACAUUUAUGCUGGCUCAUGAUGGUCACAUCCAGUUUGCUCAGCUGAUUGAAAAUAUGAAAGUUGCUUACAAGGGGAAAAAGAAAUUGAUGUGUUUAGUGAGGGAACGUUUUGCCUGAUGCCUAGUAAGUCAGUAUCAAAGACACUGCAGAAAAUGCUUCAGUAAAAUAUUCAGAACUUCCUGUUUAAAUGUAAAUUAAGAUCAGGUGCAUAAAUCUUCAAAAUUAGACUGUAUUUAUUAGCAGUUGUUGUAGAAAUUUGUGAUCAUGCAACUUGAAUGGCAGGCAGUGAUGUAUUGUUUGCAGUGUGAUAAACUAUUUGGGCUCUAGGAUGCUCUAUAACAUAAGGAAAUCUAUACAUCUGUGACUAAUUUAUAAUUGGAUAAGCAUAUAAGUCCACAUUAUUUCAUUGUUGAUCUUAGGGGGGAUAACUUCAUCAUAUUCAUCAUGCAUUAUGCUUGACAUACAUUUACAUUUGUCAUACUACUCAUUCAGUAUAUAAUAGCUUAUAAUGAUAAUGUCGUAUUGGCAAGUUCACAAUUCUAAUAAAUGUGUGGGUGUGUGUGGUCUUGUGUUUAAGGGUAUGUGGCAACACUUCAGUUAACUAUAUUGGGAAAGCAUCAGAAUCCUCAUUUUAUUUUUAAUACUGUGUAUAUUAUUUAUUGAAUAUUGUUUUUCUUUGCGAGUAAUUGUAUUUAUACCAAAGAUUAGUGAGAAGCAAAUGGGAAAGCAUGUUGCAACUGAUCAAAAGCUGCAAGCAAACCCAGUUGAGUGUGAUACUAUGCUAAGUGGAAUCCCACCUCUUAAGCCCAUAUCACGCGGAGUUGGCGCCGUCAGGGACUCCAGUACAAACUACGGCAGAAGUGCACAAUAAAAGAAUGUUUAGGCUCCCCACUCACUCACUUAUCAUGGUGUGAAAUGGUAUGUCUCAUCAUUAUAGAGCAGUCAAUCAUAAAUGGUAAGUAGUAAGCAUAUGAUCAGAGCCUAAGCAUUUACCUCUUUUGUGGAUGCCGUCAAUAUCGUUAGGCCUCUUUUAUGGUCUCUAUCCAGCAAUAGAAUGCGGGGCGAGGAUGUGCAGAUGCUAUUAAUCAACCAGCUUCCUCUAGGAGAGGUAGUUGUUAGGAAACUAAAUUUGAUGUUAUAAACUUACAAAAUUAAUUUAAAUGUUAAACAUUACAUCUGUAGAAGAUCAUAGACUCUAUUUUUCUGUUGUCUAUAAGGCCAGGAACAUUGCAUGGAAAGCAGUCUAAAAUGAGAAAAGAAUGGUAAUAGGGUUAGAAAAAAUGAAAAUAAAAAAAAAUUAAUCCUUCUCCCGCAUGCUAGUACAGUAUUUACGUUAAUGUGGUUAGUGAAUGCAUUCCUGAAACUGUGAAAGUAUAGUAGCAGAUCCAUAGGAAUGUGGUUUCUAAUCCAAAGGUACAUUAUAUACAUGUUAAUGUAUAGCAGGAAUUAAUAUGAGAUAGAGACAUGUAGUUGGAAAUACUGUGUGCUACUGUAGUGCUGCCUCUCGUCAAGAGUUAAUUUUCGACGAUAAUGCACUUUAGUGAUCUACCUCCGUAUUCUUAUGUAGCAAACACAGCCGUGGCCUAUGUAGAUGGUUGUUUUUGUUUGCUGUCUUGCCAUAUCUUCAAAGGUCCAGUGUAUUAUGAAUUUGAUCUCAUGUCUAAGGACAAAAAAAAAAAGCAGAAGUCUCUUUCUAGGCUAUAGAAUUCCAGUUGUACAUAUGUGUGUGUGUAGCAAGUAAGGUGCCACAGUGCCCUACGGCAUGGUUGUUUCGUUUUAUUUCCUCCUUUCUUGAAAAGUGAUGAUUGGCAGCAUUUCUGUUUACUUAGGUGCCUCAGUAUUGUACCUUUUGUAUUGUAUAAAGAGCAGUCAAAUAGGCUAACUAUUGAAGUCGAAGUGAAGUGGAAAAAAGCUGUCAUUAGCACUUUUUUAGGCCAUGUUUGUUUUUGUUUAGUCAAGGAUUUUGAAACUUUUUAAGACAAUGGCUAGACAUAGAUAGUUUUAUUCAUUAGCGUUAUUACAUUUUAUCUACUAGUGUUCAUGCUUGUUUUUCCCUUUUCAGGAUAAUUUUUGUUGCUUAGUGUUAAUACUGGUAUUUAAGUUAUUUAUGUACAAAAUACAAUGUGCUGGUCAAUACCAAUGCCUCCUCCAAACUUCCAAGAUGGCUAGCCUACAUAUUGUACGUGUACACUGCUAGCCUGUAAGUUAUGUUUUUGAUCUAACAUUGUCCCUGUAAAUAUUAACAAUAGAUCUGUCAGUAACAUUAUGCCCAACUCUGCAGUGCUUCAGAAGCCCCAAGCUCUCUGUGUUAUGGACGUGUAUAUGUGUACUUCCAGUUAGAAGGAUGUCAAUAUUUUUUUCCCACAGGUUAAAAUGAGUGAAGUGCUUCUUAUAAACUUCUGUCAUGCUGGACUUUUUACUUAACAGAGUAAAAGAUCAUACUUUUAUAGGGGAAUAGAAUGUGGAGAGUUACUGAACAGAAUACUAACCAAUAUAUAACCAAACGGCUAAUUUUGGUUAUUUACAUUGUAAAGUACGGAGUCUGUGAAUUAAAUGUACCACUCAGUAUUUGAGUUAGUUCAACUUUUCACCUUAGCUUAUUUAUAUCACCAAGCCAAAUUUGCCUAAAUUAUAAAUUGUGCGAGUGUACUUCAUCAAUAAAUGCAUAUUGUAUAUUAUCUCAUUACAACACAAGGCUUAGCUGGUAACAAUGGAAGAGUGAUUCUUGUUAUUAUCAUCAUUGAUUACUAAGACUUACAUAAAAAGGAAAAGAAAUUGUCGUAAUAGGGUCAUUGUGCUGCAUCCUGUCUGAUGUGACCCAGUCAUGCAACUGAUGUUUGUUUUAUGACAAUCUUAUCUUGAGGCAUAUCACUCGCAGGUCCUUGUGUCCAAGCACUUUCAUGUCCCAGAGUUUUGAAAUAUUUGUUUCAACACAAAGCUGUAAGAUAAAAGUGAUUCUUCUGUGAAUAUUGUAAAAUGCAUGUCAAUGCUUAAGAACUGUGUAAAAUAUGUAGGAAUUUGUACAUAUUAGAAAAUGACAUGUUAGAGUUACUGUAGUUUUUAGAUAGUAUAUUCUCUCUUUUAUCUUUCUCUCUCUGUCUUUAUCAUUCUCUCUGUUUCUGGGCAUACAUAUUUUCCUCAUGCAUUUGCAAUCCCAGUGGUUAUGUUUUUGUUACUAAGUGUCAUAAGUUGAGUGAAUCACAGCUAAGCAAUUAUUUGUAAAAAAAUACAAAAAGAAGCUAAUACCGGUAAGUCUUCAUUCACCUUUCUUGUUCUGAAAUUCAUCUGCUAUAAAGGCAGAGGUCAAGUAAUUUGUUAUCCUCAUUUCUUUUCAUUGUUGUUAUCUAUUAGUUCAGAAUUAUUAUGAUGGUUUUUGAUUUCUUUAAAUAUAGGGAAUGGAAAAUGUUUCUUGGUGAAUUGAGCUCACAAGUCAGUUGUGAGUGUUUGAAAGCGUGUGCAUGUGAAAAACAAUAGGCACUUACUUGAAAGCUUUGAAAAUAUUUUGUUGAGUGGAAAUUAGAUUUAUAUCAAGUGUCUAUUAACAAAUGGUUGUAUCAAUAUUUAUUAUGUAUGUUUAAAACUAUUUAUUUGUUUCUUAUUUUACAAAAAUGUUUCAGGAAAACUAUAUCUUUGCAAAUGAAUAUGCAAGUGUGUACAAUUGGGUGAUGUAAAUGAAUAUAGCAUUUUGUUCUUGUUUAGGUUUUAUUUAUGCAGAUAUCCCUGACCUGACCCAUCACCUUUUUACCCCAUCCCAACCCACCUACCUAUAUCAAUUUCCACUUUCAAGCCUCCCAACCCAUUUUUGUCCUUGUCAUGAUUAUUGUUUCUGCCAUUUUUUACAUUUGUAUUAAAGACUUUACAAUG